GCGGUACUUCUGAAGAGGCUGCUGCAGCCCGGUAGGCCCCCGGCGGCCUUGGGCCGCCCCGUUGGACGGCGCGAGGCCAGCCUGGGCACUGAUCCCGGGGUUGCUGUGCGAGUACGGUUCGCCCCCAGUCCCACAGCUGGCUGAAGGUCACACACAUAAAUGGUGCUGAGCUGGAGUCUAUCUGACCCCAGAGGAGCAUUUCAUAUCCUGUGCUGCCUCCUGGACCUGGAGAUGCAGGCUUCCUGCACCUGGGCGGCCUUCGCACUGCCUUGUACAACUACAUCUUUGCCAAGAAGCACCAAGGGAGUUUCAUCCUGAGGCUGGAGGAUACAGAUCAGACUCGCCUUGUGCCCGGGGCAGCAGAGAAUAUCGAGGACAUGCUGGAGUGGGCAGGCAUCCCCCCUGACGAGAGCCCCCGCCGGGGAGGGCUUGCUGGGCCCUACCUGCAGUCUCAGCGACUUGCACUGUACGCCCAGGCCACCGAAGCUCUGCUGAGGAGCGGUGCUGCUUACCCCUGUUUCUGCUCACCCCAGCGGCUGGAGCUCCUGAAGAAGGAGGCCCUGAGGAACCACCAGACACCCCGGUAUGACAAUCGGUGCCGGAACCUGAGCUCAGUGCAGGUGGCCCAGAAGCUGGCCACCGACCCCAAGCCUGCUGUCCGCUUCCGCCUGGAGGGAGAGACGCCAGCCUUCCAGGACUUGGUGUAUGGCUGGAAUCGGCAUGAAGUGGCCAGCGUGGAGGGGGACCCAGUCAUCCUGAAGAGCGAUGGCUUCCCCACGUACCACCUGGCCUGCGUGGUGGACGACCACCACAUGGGCAUCAGCCACGUGCUGCGGGGCUCCGAGUGGCUGGUCUCCACCUCCAAGCACCUGCUCCUCUACCAGGCCCUCGGCUGGCGGCCCCCACACUUUGCCCACCUGCCCCUGCUUCUCAACAGGGAUGGCAGCAAGCUGUCCAAGAGGCAAGGGGACAUUUUCCUGGAGCAUUUUGCUGCCGCCGGCUUCCUGCCAGAUGCCUUGCUCGACAUCAUCACCAACUGCGGCUCAGGGUUUGCAGAGAACCAGAUGGGCAGGACCUUGCCGGAGCUGAUCACACAGUUCGACCUGACCCGCAUCACCUGCCACUCAGCCCUGCUGGACCUGGAGAAGCUCCCGGAAUUCAACAGGCUGCACCUCUGCCGGCUGGUGAGCGAGGAGACCCAGAGACGCCAGCUGGUGGGGAAGCUGCAGGCCCUCGUGGAGGAGGUGUUUGGGAGCCAGCUGCAAGACAGGCACGUCCUGGACCCAGCCUACGUGGAGCGGAUCAUCCUGCUGAGACAGCAUCACAUCUGCCGCCUGCAGGAUUUGGUCUCCCCAGUGCACUCCUACCUGUGGACUCGUCCUGCCGUGAGUCGGGCACAGCUGGGCGCCAUCUCCGAGAAGGUGGAUGUCAUUGCUGAGCGAGUGCUGGGGCUUCUGGAAGGAUCUGGCACAAGCUUAACUCAGGACGUGCUGAACAGAGAACUGAAGAAGCUGUCAGAAAGUCUGGAAGGCACCAAGCAUAGUCACAUGAUGAAGCUCCUCCGAGUGGCCCUCAGCGGACAGCUGCAAGGACCACCUGUAGCUGAGAUGAUGGUGUCCUUGGGACCAAAGGAAGUGCGGGAACGAAUACAGAAGGUGCUUUCCAGCUAGAGAGAAGGUGUGCGGGGCAGUGGCGGUCAGGCAGGAACCUGCUCUCCUGGGAACUGCCGUCAGCGGGGAGGAGCCGGAGGCCUGGGGCCCCCUCGGAAGCUUGUGGAAAGAACCGGAGUGAAAACGGGCGCACAGGUGCAUAUAUGGCGGGCUUGUCCUCAUCAGGUGGCCAGGGACACCCAGCCCCCUCUCACCUGUUCCCUGACUCUAGAAAGGAAGGCUUCAUGUCUGGUUCUCACACCAGAGUGCACAGCAGAGGUUAGGGGCUGCUGCACAGAGCAGUCCAGAGGACUCCUGUUAUAAUCUGCUCCGGCUGCCAUUACAAAAUCCCACAGACCGGUGGCUUCAACAACAGAAAAUUUUUUUCUCACUGCUCUGGAGGCUGGACGUCCAAGAUCAAGGUGUUGGCAGGUUUCGUUUCUCCUGAGGCCUCCCUCCUUGGCUUGCAGAUGGCUACCUUUUUGCUCUCACCUUACCUGGUCUUCCCUCUGUGUGUGCCCUUGGUAUCUCUCUGUGUGUCCAAAUACCCUCGUCUUGAGAGGAGACUUAAUCCAAUCAGAUUGGAUCAAGGCCCGAUUUUAAGGGCCUUAUCUGCAAAUUCAGCCACAUUCUGGAGUACAACCCUGGGGUGGGGGCCUUCAGGCUCCACAUACAGGUUUUGAAGAGGGGGACAAUUCAGCCCAUAUAUAACAGCUUGGCAGCAACUGGACUCAGUGUCCUGCCCUCAGGCCAGUUUGAAUUUGGAGCAGUGCGGGGUGAUUGACAAGCAGGGCUGAAUUAGCUGUCAGACUUUCUCUGGGGCUUGUAAGGGGAGAACCUCCUCAUCUGCCCCAGGGGGACACUUAGGUUUUAUGCUGCUCUUUUCCCCUGGAUUUGGGCAGCCUGUGUCCCCCUUCCCUAAGGGCUGUCUCUCCCUCUUUUCCAGUUCUCUAGACCUGGUCCUUGGACUGGAGACCUCCACCCUGCCUGUUUUGCAUCUUUUUCUUCAUAUCCACCUCCUCCUUCCACCCUUAUUGGUAAAUCCCUGUCUGUGGGUUUCUGAAAUGAGAUGUUCUUCUUGGGAUGACUAGGAGUAGCUAAAGUUGAAAGGAGGAUGGUGGCCAGCCUCAAAGACCCCCUAUAGGACUUCUAGGCUUCCCUGUGUGGCCCCCAGUCAUCUCUGCCUCCUGGCAUUCACGCUGAGUAGGGGUGACUUGUCUGUGAUCCGUCACAGCUUCCAUCUUGUUCUCUUGAAUCCCUUACUCUGCGGGAAGCCAGCUUCCACAUCGUGAAGACACUGAGGCACACAGGGAACGGAGGCCUCCUGACAGCAGCUCUGUGAGCAUGCACUGUCUGGGGAGUUGGUCCUCCAGCCCCGGUCAGGCAUGCAGGUGACCUCAGCCCUGGCUGAUAUCUGACUGCAGCCUUCUUGAAACAUCCUGAGCCAGAACUAAAGCAAAGUUGCUCCCGAGUUUCAGAUACACACAGAUUAUGAGAUAAUAAAUGUUUAUUGUUUAAA